GAAGAUUGGGGCGGGAGAUGGAGGAGGCUUGGGAUUCUUAUUUGGAGGACGAGAAUCCCGCGUCUUACGCCUUCCAACAACUACGGGAUGUAAUUGAGUCUCAGGAACAAGUGAUUCACGGGCUGAAAAGCACGAUGGCCAUCCAGGAAGAGAAAUUUGUGAGUAAAGAGGAAUACGAAGCUGUGGUAAAGAAGUUGGAGGAGGAGAAGGCAGCCCAUGCCCAGACCAAGGGCCUGUUGGCUAAAGAGACAGAGAAACUGCAGUUUGCUCUUGGAGAGGUGGAAGUGCUAUCCAAGCAAUUGGAGAGAGAAAAGCAGGCUUUCGAAAAAGCGCUAUCCAGUGUCAAGAACAAAGUUCUGACAGAGUCCACCAAGAAGGACAAGCUUAUCACCAAGUGCAAUGGUGGAGCCAGUUUUUGCAGCCGAGUUACCUCUAGGAAAGCUCAUUCACAGGGAGAUAGGAGUGCCUGCAUUUUGAAAGAAGAGCCUGGAGAGGAAAUUGAGUCUCACAUUAUAAAGCAAGAGGAUAUUCUUAACGGGAAAGAAAAUGAAAUUAAGGAGCUACAAAAUGUCAUCAGCCACCAGAAACAGAUCUUCAGGCAUCAGAUAUCGGACUUCCGGAUUCAGAAGCAGCAAGAGAAUUACGUGGCCCAAGUGCUGGACAGAAAGCAAAAGAAAGCAGGCGGGCUGCUCUCCACCCGAGGCUUCAAGGGACUUGGAGACAAAUAAAUCUGCUGACUCU